UUUAGUGAGUGGACAUGAUGGGGAAGAGAGCUUGAAAACAAGAAUUAAACGUCUCAAGAAGUAUCAUAAACAACUUUUAAAGUUACUAUUGUAGUUGUUCGUCAUGUGUUAGUAUCUUACAGAGAAGCAGCAACUUUGGCAGUACGUCUUUCUUCCUGUGAUAGGAAUUACAGCCAGUUUCGAAGGAUGUCAGCCCCCAGCAACUCGCUCCAGCAGCCGAGGGUAAGACGCAGCAAUGCGGGCUCCCCCGGCUCCUUCAACAACAACAGCAGCAGCAGCAGCAGCUGCCGUUUGCACCCCAUCCGAGCCACCGUGCCCUACCAGCUCCUGCGCGGGGGUCCGAGCAGCCCCACGCGGGGGUCGCAGACCCUUUACGGUGGAACCACGAACAGCCGAGGCUCCAGUCCCCCUUCCAGUCCCUCACUCAUUUCGGGAAGUGCAAAUGCUAAGCAAAGACUGUCCCCCGAAAAUAAGGACUCCUCCUGUCCCCCAGACUCUCCGGUUUCCAGAGCAGAAAGGUCCAAGUUACAGGUUCGAAGCUCCAGUGCCAUCAGGCGGACAUCUUCACUGGACGCCAUCACAGGGCCGUACCUCACCGGCCAGUGGCCUCGGGACUCCCACGGACCCUACCCCUCCUGUAUGAAAGACAAAGCCACACAGACUCCGGGUCUGUGGAUUGAUGAGGGAGCAGAACAGGGAAGUCCUCACCAGCGGUCAGCCUCCUGGGGCAGCGCGGACCACCUCAAAGAGCAGAUUGCUAAGCUGAGACUGCAGUUGCAGCGCAGCAAGCAGGUCAGCCGUCAGAGCAAAGACCGGGAGCAGAGCUCUCUGCAGCUGCAGCAGCAGGUGCAGCAUGGCACUACAUGCCCAUCACAGUAUAAAGGAACGUCAUCAGCCCUGUCAACAAUCCCUGUGCCAAAGUCCCUCAUAUGCAGGGUGCCGAGCAGUGUGGAGGGCAUCAGCCACGAGCUGGAGAAUGUGUUCAUCAGAGAGGACUGGGAGCAGGGCAUACAGGCCAUGGAUGUGGUAGAUGGCCGCCGCGCCCCCUUCCCUCCGCAUCACUACAGCAGCAACGGGGACACACGUGACACGGACACUCAAGCCCCUUCAAGCGGGGACUCGAGCCCCUCGCCCCGCCCCUGCAGCUCCGACCAGGCCCACUCUCCUGAUGGAAGCCCCUGCUCUGCAGAGGAAAUGGACAAAGACGGCCUGUGCAGUUCUCCUCUCCCCAAAUUUGCCACAUCUCCCAAACCUAACAACAGCUACAUGUUCAAACGGGAACCUCCAGAGGGCUGUGAGAAGAUCAAAGUGUUCGAGGAGAUGGUGUCUGGCAAAUCAAAAGGCUUCCCUCUCUUCUCGUGCCCCGACAAAAACAAGGUGAACUUCAUUCCCAGGGGGUCUGCCUUCUGCCCUGUCAAACUCCUCUGCACCUCCCUCUUCUCCCCCGUCUCUCCCUCGUCCUGCUCCUCCGCCACCCCCGGUCUCCAUGGCAACGACAGCCCAGGGCCUCAGGUGACCCCAGCUCUGCCCUGCGCACCACUAGCUACCUUCGCGGCCUCGGCUGACUGGAGCAGCGCCCCGAGCACAGGCCCAGAGAGCCAGAGCCCCGACACAGAGGCAGGGACAGAUGGCUCAGCACAGCUUGUCCUCACCAGCUAGUUCUCAGGUAUCUCUAACCAAACCACUUGCUAUAGUUAGGUGGUAUGGAUCGAAAAACUAAAAACAAAAAAAAAACUUGCACUUAUAUUAACGUUAGCCAGCAGGGAGUGUCCAGGUCGAGAAAGGACAAACACCAAGUGGGAUAACGAUACCAGCAUCCUGCUGCACAGGCACGGUGGUUUGGUCGUUGUGAGGAGUGUUCUGACCUUGGCCCCGCCUCCUUUCACCCAUCACUAACCUAGCCUUCUGCUCUGUACGGUGACAAAACACCCAUAACAAAAACAGCUACGCCUUCCUUGCAAAACAAAAUACUACUGCUAUAAUAAUUGUGACAGAUGACAAUAUUUUCAAGACUAAAUUACAAAAAAAA